AACAACACAUGUUACAAGUUGUUAAAUACUAUUGUAAUAAAAUGAUCAUUGAUUGUGAAUUCACCCAUUCGACUUUAUUGUGUACAUCUGUGAACUCACCCAUUCGACUUUAUUGCGUACCUUUGUGAACUCACCCAUUUUCUCGCUCCUACUUCUUCAGUCCUUUUAUUACUUUAACUUCAUUUCGAUUUGCGAUUGCCAUCACUAGAAUUUUGUCAUUUGCUGAAGAAGGAGGUCGAGAAAACUGCGAAAUAAAUAUCUCCAUUUUUGUAUCCAUCACAUUUCUGUGCUAAACCGUAAACGUCGCCUUUUCAUUUUACGGAAGAUUAAAUUCGGGAGCCCUCGGCAAAUGACAAUUUUAUUUCGCAAUCUUAUAAUUCCGCGAAUUUGCCGCCAUUUUGUAAUUGCCGUUUUUUGUGCCAAAGCCUAAAGAGACUGUCGAAGCGCGCCAUUUUGCGCCUUUUCGUUUUUGUUCAGCGAUUAAAGGAUCUGUUUCAAAGUGAGGCGAAUGGGCACUCCACCACGCCGGAGUCCCAGAAAUAUGCCAAACACGAGUGCACCAGGAAACGAAGUUGCCGCCUCGUCGACGGAAACUAAAUCUACUCCUUCCAACGCAUCUGCAACCGCCGCAAAGUCAUCGGGUACCACCACAAUAGCCAUGAGCAGCUCUUCUGCCUCUGUCGCUGCCCCGUCGCAACACCAGUCAUCAACCCCACAGGUAAGCCUUGUACAUACUUUGCAUAUGCCCUCUGCCACCACCACGAAAACACCACGCAUAGAGUUGCUGAACAAUCCUGCACAGCCCAAUUCCGUGCAACAAAAUUUGCCUGCUCAGCAAACACGUAAAGCUCACGUGGAAUCAAAUGCUUGUUCCACAAACGGUAGUAGCGUCGCCGGUAGAUCAAUUGCCCUUUCCACAGUGCCACCUGCCGAAGUUAGCGGCGCCAAUCCAGGAUCAGCUUCUCCAACAGUACAGUCGCAUUCGGUAGAAAGCAUUCUUAUUUGUAUGCAGAACCAAAUAGAAAUUUUACAGCGCCAACUUAAAGAAGCAGAAGUUAGGUUAGCAAAAUCAGAGUUGGGAAAAGAUAGGAAAUUAACAGCUAGGCAAAAUAACGUUUUUUCGGCUGCUCCAGUUACACAGACCAUCGAAAGUUGCGCCAGGCCAACAACAACAAUUUCGAGCCAAGUGAAUACCGUUGCGCAUAUACAGCAACAUGAUAGCAACAUGUCGCCUAACGCCUUGCAACAAAAUAUGUUUACGGAACCAGUGUACACGCAUCCAACGACAUUUGCUCCAAGUUUAAAUAACCGCGCGUCACCUUAUGCCAGUUCGCCAACUCCUAAUUCGGUAGAUUCUGCUAUACAACUGCAAAGAGCAGCAAAUAAUCAAAUAAACGUUUUUGGUUCUACAAUCGCACAUAGAAAACUGAUUGAUCUUCCGGAGUUUUUUGGUCAGCCGGAAGACUGGCCAAUAUUUUACACAGCUUACGUCGAGUCGACUGCCGCCUAUGGUAAUUCACAUUUUGAAAAUAACGAGCGUUUAUAUAUAUCCAAACAUUCAACAUUUUAG